AAUAUAAAUAUUUAAAUUUUGACAAGUUCAAACCGUCCACUAACCGCGGUGAAAAUAAUUCAAUUGGAUUAUAAAAUUUAUUGAAAUAUAAUAGUACAGAUAUUUACAAAUAUGGACGCUGCAGUUUUAUUUGUGCAGCCGCAAAUGGUAAACGAUUUACUGAGUGGACGUUCCAAAGACCAAAAGCGAAGUGGUCCUUGUGAUUGUACAAAAAUUUCAGGAAUUAUGACAUUCGUGCAGGAGGAGCAUGCCGCUUACAAAUACACCGUUUAUCGCUGCGCCUCUAAAAUUAUAAGCCUCCAAAAUCUUUUGUUCACUUCAAAUAUACCAUACAAACUUGUGCAAGCGUUAAUGGGUCGAUAUAAUAUACUUGAUGUAGACGCCAAUUUUAUGGUACCGCCGUUUCUGUUGACUACAUUUAUACAUGAUCUCUACUAUGCUUGUGAAACAUUAGGACAUUUCAAUAAAUCCGCAACAUAUCGUAUAGAGACUGCAACAAGUGUGUUGGCGACAUUCUUUUGGAAUUUAUUUGAUCCGAAUCGACGUCAUUCCAUUUCAGUUUUGGAAAUAAAAGUUAUGCUUUUGUUACUUUGCAAACAUAUUGGUUUACUAGAUUGGAGCGAGGAAUUCUAUAAAUUGCUUCAUGACCCCAAAACAAAGUGUGUUUCAAAGAAAAACUUUGAGUAUUUAGUGAAUAUUUUGACGAAAACUUUCAGCUAUAUUGGGGAGGAAAUUUCUUAUGGUGCACAAAAUAAAACCCUGAUAAUGGAACAAUGUUUUGCAAAGUCGCACAAUGCGUAUGGAUUAACUGAGCUUCAAUUCAAAAAUGUAUGGAGUGAUAAUCGCACACGGUUUAGCAUUUUUGCAAACCUUAUAAAUUUAAUCAAACGUAUGCAAGAUACUGAAAAAAUUAUACAUAAUAAAAAUUGUGCUGCUUGCAACACACAAAUCAUUGGUAUACGUUUCAAAUGCAGAACAUGCCACGAUUUGUCCCUUUGCUUCUGCUGUUUCGCAAAGGGUUACGUAAAAGGUAAACAUGAGGCAAAACACCGCAUGACCGAAGUGUUCAAAGAGGAUGAACAGCCCAAGCGUAUAGCACAUUUCUUUGCUUCAAUUUGCAAUUUUUUCCAAAUGAAGAAAGAAAGCAAUGAAGAAUCGAAAGGGUUUUGCAAUACAGAUGAAUCUACCAGUGUUGAUGAAACGGAACUGGAAAUCAUAGCACCGGACCAUACGGCAAAUAGCGAUACAAUGACCACAGUUAUUGAGGUCAAAACGGAUGCGAUUGAAACUUCGAUAGCUGGACUCUCUACUAGCGCUUCAACUGCUUCAAAUGUGUCGGAGCAUCUGCAAUCUAUUAUCGAUAGGCUCUUGCACCAGAACUCUAAACUUGAAAAACAAAUUAAAUUCGUCAAAACUGCAACGAAUGAGGAAAUUUCAGAUUUUCUGCAAUCGCAUCAACACUUUCUGAUUGGAAUCAUUAAUGAAAUGCGAAGGUUUUCGCAAAUAUCAAAGUCGUUGAGCUCAUAUCCCACGUCGAGCACACCGAAUCGUUCCCAUUCUGACAAAGCGCAUACGCAAAACAUAGCCGCGGCUGUGGACAACUUUAGCGUUAUGGGCAGCACUCUAACGCAUUCGAUUAAUGGCGCCGACUUGAAUCGCAGUUAUUUGGAAGCAAACAAAUCGGAUGCUUCAGUCAACGACGUGAGUACGUGGUUUAAUCAGCGUAGAUCUUCGGCGUUAAUGCCUAUACCGCACACAACAAACACAGAUUGUGGCGUGGAAACUGUGCAAGAAAAUAGCACAAAAGCUAGUGAAACCGAAAUUGAUGAAGAAUUUGAAAUUGUUGAUUUGCGUGACACUGACAUGAUUAAUUUCAAGCUCCUAUUGCAUAAAGUCAAGGAAAUUGUCGAGGACUCUUUUAGUGAUAAUACUGAAUUAGCAGCAGCAACACAAAAUUUGGAAAAUGUGCUAGAUAAUAUCGUAAAGAAUGAGGAGAAACGUAGAAGCAGCACUUAAUAUAUUAGGCGCUGUGAAGACAGCCGUAUUUUAUCAAUUGCGGCUAUAUAUUUACGUGACAAAUAAGUUAACAGUAGUUUUACACAAAUUUAUAAAAUUUAAUAAGUGUUGAAUGCAGUAUGAUGUCGAGUGUGUAUAUUUACAUACAUAUGUAUUUACUAAACCUAACCUGAAAUUCGCCAAAAUCAAAAGUAAAUUUAAUAUAUACAGUUAUAUUAUCAUAUUUAGAUAAGUAUGUGUAGUAAUAGCGUUCAUAAUUGUACAUUUAAAUUUUAAAAUUAAUUAUUUAAAAGACGUCACAAACAAGUUUGGUUGUGUGAAAAUAUGUAAAAAAUUAAAGACAUUGGCUUUAACAAAAAAUAUUGUUAUACUAUAUAUAUACAUAUAAGCAAUACAAUUAAUUUGAUUAUUUCGGUACACCAGAAUAAGAGACUCGCUACGCGAUAAAGGGCGUUAUAUACUUACAACUUAUAUAUGUAGAUUUUAAUUAGAGAUAAUGAAAAAUAUAUACUGUGUUUUUAUACGUCAUAAUAUGCGCAAAUAAAGUAAUUUUAACUUGA